UACAGGAAUCUCCCUCCGGGAGUUGGCUGCCCUCAAGGCAAAGCAGGCUGGGAAAGGAAAGGCAGGUAGAGUCAGAGGCAAGUACAAGUCCUGCUCUGUAGAGGGGCAGGUCUCUCCAGAGGGUGGUCAGCCGGGUGCGGCAAGAAGAGCGAAGCUGCUGCUGUUUUCGAGCCCCUUCUGGUAGCAGCGGUGCCCCUAAGGGCUGCACACGCUGGGGUACCAACUGUUCAAUUGGCUAAGGCUGCCAAUUGGUGAAGCUGAGUACCAGUCAGUGGUCAAUUGGUCCUGAGCGCUCUCUCUCGGUUCUGACCCCUGCUACGAUGGCCUGAGACAGCCAGGGAAGAUGAGUGCCAAAGUGGCAGUGCUUUUGGCCAUGUUAUGGCUCUGGCACCUACCAAUCAUGGCCUACCCACCACUGUGGACUCACGAUGACGAGCGGGUGAACAAAGAAAACAGCAUCCUGAAGCAUUAUGCUGAAAUCCUACAGCAGAUGGCCCUGGGCGUGCCAACACGGAGACCCCCUGUAAAGAAGAAAACUACUAUUGUCAGUUCCACGGUGGGCAAGAAAACCAAGAAAGGCACCAAGAAGAAGAACUCAGAAGGUAUUCGGAAGGAUAUUCUGGAGGAAAUCCCAGAUGUCCUGGCCUCUAAAUCUCAUAAAUCUAACAGGACAAAGCCUCUGAUGUUCCUGAUGAAAGAGCAAGGCUGGCCUAAGGAAAAGCUGGAGCUUGAGAAUGCCAUCCGGCACACCAGGAAUCAGGACACAAAAGAGCAAGAGAGGACAAGCAACAGUGCUGCCGUAGUGGCACCUGGCAACCUGGAAAACGCAAACAAGGACUAUUUGGAUGGGAAGAAUACGAAUUUGAAGGAUGCCCACAGCCGUGCUUUAGAAACUUAUAAAUUGGAUGGUGGAGAUGAAGCUGAGAAUUCAGAAAUGAAGAAAACUGUGACCUCGACUGUGGAACUAACUGUAAAAAUGGCUGGGGACCCUAACCUCCAACCCGUUAGGAAAAUGCCCAAGAAGCUGAGCGUCCAACCACCUGUAAAUGUAGCUCCUAAACCUGCCAAAGGGCUUUGGAAAGCAUCUCAGGACUCGGCUUUGAAACUCACUGACGAAACUUCCCAACAAUCGAAACCAGCUAUCCCAGGGAAAGGGGUUAAACCAGGACAAAUGGCUCUAGUGGCUCCAUUCGCCAUGAGCUACCCAGGGAUACCGAUGCCCGAUUUAGGAACAGGGAUCUUCCAGACAACAGAGGAAGACAAAGAACAAUGGGGUAGAGAUCAAGCAGUGGAAGAUCUAAUUCUGAGAAAAAUCUCAGACAUAAAUACCGAGAUAAAACAUGCAUUGAAAAAUACAAAACACCACAUAGAAUUCAAAGACGAUGUUGAAUCUGCCCAAAAAUAUCUAAUGCAAAGCCUUGCCUUAGUAGAUAGAGAAAACACACCCAGCAAUGGAAAUAAACCUCAGAAGUUAAUAAAAGAAAAGGAUGAGAAUGAAAAGCUUAGAUUGUUUAUUAAUUUCUUAUAUGAUUUCAGGUCUCAGCUAAUUGCAUUCUUAGAUACUAGGAAUAUUCCAUUUGAUCUUCAAGAAAAAGCUGCUAUUAUAUCCAAUAUUAUAGAAGAAAAGCUUUGUGAAAAUAAACAAAAAAAGGAAAAUAUUAUUAAGGGAUUAUUAGAGGAAAAUAUAAGAAUGUUGAACAUGCUUAAUAUUACAGCAAACCCAUGAUUACCUUUAAAUUGGAUUGUCUAUUUCUGAGAAGCUAUUUUUUUUUCCUUAAAUGUAUAAGUAAAAUUUCUACUGUCCAACA